AUGGUCCAGAUGCUGAUCCUGACCCUCCUCCUGCCCGCCUGUUUGGCGUCCUGUGUCAGUGGCAAAGGAACAGUGGGAGACAGAGGUCCCUGUCAACAGCAGUUUGCCGUCGUGGGCUCUGAGGUUAUCCUGAACUGCAAUGCCUCCGAGGAGGCCGCGGGAGUGGAAUGGAGACUGAAUGGCAGCGUGGUGCCCAGCGGGGUCGGAGUGGGUGCCCAGCUGAUCCUGCACAAUGCCAGCCUGGCGGAGGAGGGCCAGUAUAGCUGCCACGAUCCGGGAACUGGAGAGGCCUGGACCUGGAUUGAACUGCUGCUGGGCUAUCCCCCAGCUCAGCCAAAGGUGGAGUGUUGGGCGGUGAGAUAUCCCGAGGCCGUGGACUGCUCCUGGACCCUGGAGCCGGCUUCAGCCCUGAGCACCUCCUUCAUCGCCGUGUACAGGCAGGGAAUGGCCACCCUGGGUGAAGAUCACAGGUGCCUUCAGCUUUCCCCAGAGGCCUCCAGCUGCGUCAUCCAGGACCUCCAGAUGUUCUCCAUCACUCCCUGUGUGCUCAACGUGACCGCCAUCAACCCCCUGGGAGCCAGCAGCAGUCUCGUCCCUUUCUUUGUGGAGAACAUUAUUAAACCAGGCUCCCCGGAGAAUGUGCGCGUAAGCCCUCUCCCAGGCAGGAAGCUGCUGGUUCAGUGGAGCCCCCCAGCAUCCUGGCCCUCCCCCCAGUAUUUCCCGCUCAAGUACCUGAUCCGUUACCAGCGUCAGGGGACAGCCAACUUUCACCAGGUGGGACCGAGGGAGCAGACAUCUUUCAUCCUGACUGGCCUGUGGCCCCGGACCCCCUACCAAGUUCAAGUGGCUACUAAGGACUUCACCGACUACGGAGAAUAUAGCGCCUGGAGUCCCAGUGUGGCCGCCAUCCCUGGGGCUAAGUAGCUGGCAGAAAGUUUCACGCCCGCUGCCUUUCCUGAAAUUCACCUCUCGCCUCCGUGUUAUAAUAAUAAUGAUAUUGGCAUUUAUUAAGCGCUUACUAUGUGCCAAGCACUGUUCUAAGCGCUGAGCACAGGCUGCACAGCCUGUCAGGUCUGGCCCAUAUGCUUCCUGGGGAAAGGCCCCAGUGUCUCCUGAGCCCUGAGAAGUGAG